AUGGGUCAGGCACUUUGGAGACUGCCUCCCAGACAACAACACCAGCUUCAAGAAGAGCUGGCAGACCUGGCUGAGCAAGCAGGACGAGGAGGCGACCCAGGCAGAGAUGGAGGCCAGAGAAGAGGUCCUCAGCCGUGCUACAGCCCCGACAUCUACCAUCUGUUAAGGUCACGCAGAGGAGGUAAAUCGCAGCACGGCUUCAUCGACCUGGAGAUGCUGCCUCCGGAGCUGGGCAUCACCAUCCUGUCGUACCUGAACGCCACUGACCUGUGCCUGGCCAGCUGCGUGUGGCACGGCCUGGGCAACGACGAGUACCUCUGGCAGGGACUGUGCAAGUCGACGUGGGGCCACUGCUCCAUCUACAACAGAACACUACCUGAAGGAUUCUCCUACAGACGACUUUACCUCCAGCUCGACGAAGGCUGUCUGACCUUCAACGCCAACCCACAAGAGGGCGUAGAUUACUUCCUGUCCAAAGGGAUUCUGGUGGACCACGCCACAGAACUCGCCAAGUUCAUUUUCUACACGCGGAGGCUCAACUGGAAGAUGCUGCGGAUUUAUCUGGACGAGAGGCGAGACGUCCUGGACGAGUUGGUGACGCUUCAUAACUUCAGUAACCAGUUCCUUCCCAACGCUCUGCGGGAUUUCUUCAGACACAUCCACGCUCCGGAGGAGAGGGGGGAGUAUCUGGAGACCCUCAUCACCAAGUUUAGCCACCGCUUCUGCACCUGUAACCCUGGGCUGGUGCGCGAGCUCGGCCUCAGUCCUGAUGCGGUGUACGUGCUGUGCUACAGUCUGAUCCUGCUGUCCAUCGACCUCACCAGUCCGCACGUCAAAAACAAAAUGUCCAAGCGAGAGUUCAUCCGCAACACGCGCCGCGCCACUCACAACGUGUCCGACGACUUUGUGGGACACCUUUACGACAACAUCUACCUGAUCGGACACGUGGCAGCCUAG